GUGUUUUUAAGUAGAGUCGGUUUUUGGAUGCUUUUUCCCGCCGGACCGCUAAAUCUGGGGGGAUGUCAUUGUGGAACUUCUGGUUAGCUAUCGGGCUGGUCCUGCAAGGAUGGGGUCUGGCCCGCCCAUCGGAGCUGGCGUUUGUCUUGGAGCCCAGCGACGUGAUUGCCGUCCGGGAUCGCCCGCUGCUGUUGCACUGCCAGGUGGAAGGCGACGCGCCCAUCGCUCUCACUUGGUAUCGGAAUGGGGCAGCCCUCUCCAACGACAGCCACACGGCCAUCUUGGCCAACGGUUCCCUGCGCCUGGAAAGUGUCCAUCGACGGUCAAGAGGAGGAGGAGCAGCUGACACAACCGCCAACACCAGUGAUUCGAGUGCCGGAGAGUACAGUUGUGCCGCCCAGAACCGUUACGGCCUGCUGGUCAGCCGCAAAGCCCGCGUGCAGAUUGCCACCUUGUCCAAAUUCCACAUGCACCCAGAAUCGAUGUCAGUCGAAGAGGGCGGUGUGGCCCGAUUCCAGUGCUUUAUCCAGGGGGUUCCUGAAGCUACUAUCACCUGGGAGCGCAACCGGACAGCCCUGUUAACGGAUGACUACCGGUUCACCUUGCUGCCCAUCGGCAUCCUGCAGAUCACGGGCGUGAGACGUUCUGACGUGGGCACCUAUCGUUGCGUGGCCAGUAACAUCGCCAACACCCGGUACAGCCAGGAAGCCACCCUCAGCAUCAGCGUCUCAGCUCCUAAGCUCUACAAGGAGCCGGUCAUCCUGUCAGGCCCGCAGAACCUCACCAUCAACGUCCACCAGACGGCCAUCUUGGAAUGCAUCGCCACUGGCAACCCAAGGCCUAUCGUAUCUUGGAGCCGCCUGGAUGGGCGUUCGAUCGGUGUUGAAGGCAUCCAGGUGUUGGGAACUGGCAACCUCAUGAUCUCCGAUGUGUCCGUGAAGCACGCCGGGGUCUACGUCUGCGCUGCCAAUCGACCUGGCACCCGAGUGCGCCGUACGGCCCAGGGAAUCCUCAUGGUGCAGGCUCCGCCGGAGUUUGUGCAGUGGCCCCAGUCUGUCUCCAAGCCCCCGGGCACCAGCGCCAUCUUCACCUGCGUGGCACAAGGCGUGCCAGAGCCCCACCUCAUCUGGUUGAAGAACGGCAAAGUCCUGGCACCUGGCGAGAACAUCAAACUCACCCACAACAACAGCACCCUAAUGAUCCAGCGGAUCACUUCGGCGGACGAGGCCAUCUAUCAGUGCAUCGCCGAGAACAGCGCUGGCACCAACCAGGCCAGCGCCCGCCUGGCUGUGGCCCUCUCCAAGGAACUCCCCAGCUCUCCAGAAGGGGUCCAGGCGACGGCCCUCUCCACCACCUCCAUCCAGGUGUCUUGGCUGGAGCCCCCCAUGGAGGUCACCGAGGCCAUCAUCGGAUACGUUCUUCACAUCCGUAAGGCAGGAGAGUCCGACAGCCGGAGCUGCAGGAGGGCCGUCAGCAAGACCACCUUCCAGCACGUCUUCACCAACCUGGAACCCUCCACGACUUACUCCAUCUACCUGAAGGCUUAUUCACCGCUGGGCGCCAGUCAGGAUUCCCAACCCAUCCUGGCCACCACCUUGGGGAACAGUGAGUUCCCUGCAGUGGUGGGCUUUUUCACCAAGAUCCUCAACACCAGCUCAGUCCACGUCUUCUGGGAGCUGCCAGCCAGGCCGGGCAGCAUCGAAGGCUUCAAGUUGUACCUGCGAAAGCUGCCGAGCGCCCACUACGAAGGCCCACAGACCUUGCCUGCCACCGCCAACUCCUUCACAUAUAACGACCUGGAGCCCUCCGCCAUGUAUGAGAUCAAGCUCCAAGCUUUCAACGGGAACGGCAACGGGAACAGCAGCGUGCGGUUCGUGUCGCUCAAGGAGAACUCCGAGAGGCUGGAUGCCAACCCGGUGUGCCAGUGCGGGCAGGACGGGGACAGCUCCCUCGCCGGCAUCGUGGUUGGCGUUCACAUUGGCAUGGCGUGCAUUAUCUUUUGCGUUCUCUUCCUCAUGUUCGGCUACCGCAAGAGCCUCUUCUGUAAGAAAGGGACCCAAGAGAGUUGGACCGUCCCCCAGGGAACAGAGCCGGUUCAAACCACCACCCGGGAGCCUCUCCGAACUCAGCGAAAGCCCGAGGGAAGGGCAAAACCCUCCGAGAUGGUGGAACUGGUCACUCAGAACCCUCCAUCCUCAGAUGGACUCCCAACCCACGACACUCCCUGUUUCGAAGUGACCAUUGAACGCUGUCCGCCUUCCCAGCCCAGUGGUUAAGCCAAUGCAGGUGGGGAUGGGGUCGGUGAGGCCUGAUGUGGAGGAGCUCCUCAGUGGUUCGGCCUCCCUGGACCCCGGCACCUACCACCUCAUCCGGGACACCAACCGUAAACCUCCAAAGAAUCUACCUCACCUCUGCUGGACCUCCAGGGUUCAGCUCUGUCACCACCCUGCCCCCCCCCCCAAUUCUCUUGGAUGUCUAUUUUUGAUACAAAUACCAAAACUACCUCAACCUCCAGCCACUCUGGCUGCCAAAUAACAACCCCCCCCCUCAGUGGGCAACGCCAGAGGGGAACGGGGGGCAGUUUCCCCAGCAACUGGAGGCUUCCAGAAGCUGAGGCAGCCAUCUUGAGAGGAAGAGUCAACCUCUCUCCUUGGCUGCCUCAGACCGGAGGUGGGAGCUGACCCCAAAUUUCGCCGAAGCCAAACCCUGCAUUAAGGAUUGGGGGCUUGGAUUGGGGGGAGGUUGAGACUCCAAAACUAGUUCCAAAUGAAGAACACCUCCACACGGGUGGGUGAGGACUGUCCCCUUUCCGACCCCCCCACCCACGGUGCCUGGGCGCUUGGCACCAGCAUACCAAAUAUCGCCAAACCAAAAGCGGGAGCAGCAGCAUGACCCCCCCAACCCCUAUAGCGCCCCCCCGCCUCCUCCUCCUCAGUCAUGAGGGGGCAGGGAGGGCGCAUCCCCUCAAAAAAACCUCAUGCUCCUUUCAAUUCUCUUGCUGCUUCCUACAGAGUGUCUUUUUUUGAUAUAUAUAUUAUAUAUAUAUGUAUAACGUCUCUAAUCCAAAUAUUUUUAAAGAUGAUUCAAGGAA